UCCUCAUCGAUUGAAUCUAUUUUACCUGGCCAAUGAUGUCAUACAGAACUGUAAAAGAAAAAAUGCAAUUGUAUUUCGGGAUACAUUUGCAGAAGUGCUUCCUGAAGCAGCUGCUUUGGUUAAGGAUCCAUCAGUUUCUAAAUCUAUAGAAAGAAUCUUUAAAAUCUGGGAAGACAGAAAUGUAUAUCCUGAAGAAACCAUUUUGGCACUAAAAGAAGCUUUAAGUACCACUUUCAAAACUCAGAAGCAGCAGAAAGAAACUCUGAACAAACAACCGAAUAAGCCGUGGAAGAAAUCUCAAACAUCCUCAAAUCCAAAAGCUGCUCUAAAGUCGAAGAUUGUUGCUGAAUUCAGACCACAGUCCCUCGUUGAUGAAUUGUUGUUUUAUAAACGUUCAGAAGACCAGAUAGAGUUGAAAGAGAAGCAACUUUCUACUAUGAGGGUGGAUGUAUGCAGCACUGAAACACUUAAAUGCUUAAAAGACAAAACAGGAGGAAAAAAGUUUUCCAAAGAAUUUGAAGAAGCAAGUUCAAAGUUAGAAGAAUUUGUAAAUGGUUUAGACAAGCAGGUGAAAAAUGGCCCCUCACUAAUUGAAGUGCUUGAGAAUGCUGGUAUCUUUUAUGAAGCACAGUAUAAGGAAGUCAAGGUAGUAGCAAAUGCUUAUAAAACAUUUGCCAACAGAGUGAGCAAUCUAAAGAAAAAAUUAGAUCAACUGAAAGCAACUCUUCCUGAUCCUGAAGAGUCUCCUGUCCCUUCUCCAAGUAUGGAUGCUCCAUCUCCAACUGGUUCUGAGUCCCCUUUCCAGGGAAUGGGAGAAGAGGAUGUCGUCCAGUCUCCAGUGGUGGAAAGUGAGACAUCUCCCUCUCCCCAACCUGUUGCAGACAAUCGGGAUGUGGAGGACAUGGAACUGUCCGAUGUGGAAGAUGACACGUCUAAAAUCAUUGUGGAGGAAAGGAAGGAGAAACAGGUUGCUCCUUCUUCAGCACCUGCAAAGACUGAAAGUGUCCCAAAAGCAACACCCUCCAUAGUGGUCGCUGCUACACCAGCAGUAACAACUUCAGCUCCGACUCCACCAACUCCCAAGACAGUGAGCACAGUCCCUGUCCCUCCAUCGCCAGCACUUGGUCUGCCAAACCUUGCCAAUGUUGACCUGGCAAAGAUCAGCUCCAUUCUUAGCAGCUUGACUUCUGUUAUGAAGAAUACAGGGGUCAGUCCUGCAUCAAGACCUUCCCCAGGAACCCCAACAAGCCCCACGACUCUUACUAGUGGCCUGAAGACACCUGUUGUGGGGACUCCAUCUGGUCCUCCAAAUCCAUUGGCAAAUAUUCUUUCCAAAGUUGAAAUAACUCCUGAAAGCAUUUUGUCAGUUCUCUCCAAAACCCAGACCCAGACUGCACCAACAUUGCAAGGUUUGUCAUCCUUACUGCAAAGUGUUGCUGGAAAUACAGCUCAAUCAAGUGAAACAGCAUCUCAGAGCACUUCAGCAUCACCAGCCAAUACAACUGUUUCUUGCGUGAAAGGAAGGAAUGUUUCUUCCAAUACUCAGUCUUUUAUGUCCAAAAAUUUUGGUUAUUCUCCCAAUUCUUCUACUGCUGAGGUCUCUUCAACUUCUGUUAACAAGGCUCCUGUUGGACAUAGCCCAGGGCUUUCAAGUUCUAGUUUUAAACCACCAACAAAUUCCCUUGGAUUUGCUAGUACCCAUCCUACUAGUCCUUCCCUUUUACCAACAGAAACCACAUUGAGUCAGUCCUCUGAGAUUUCAAAAACAAAGCUGGAGUCAGAACCCACCUCUCCAAGCCUGGAAAUGAAGAUACACAAUUUUUUAAAGGGAAACCCUGGUUUCAGUGGUCUAAACUUGAAUAUUCCAAUUUUAAGCAGUUUAGGGUCCAACAUCACAUCAGAGAGCCAUUCAUCUGACUUUCAACGUGCUCCUACCAGCACUUCUAUGGAUAAUGUGGAUGGGACACCAGUCCGUGAUGAACGCAGUGGAACACCAACCCAAGAUGAGAUGAUGGAUAAACCGACAUCAAGCAAUGUUGACACUAUGUCUUUAUUAUCAAAGAUAAGUCCUGGAUCUUCUACUCCCAGUAGCACAAGAUCCCCUCCUCAGAGCAGAGAUGAUGGAUAUCCUCAAGAACUAUCUAAUUCUGUGCCUGCCUAUAGGUCUUUCGGUCUCGGCAGGGAUUCUCCAGCCAGCAUGUACAAACAGUCCUCCGAUAACAUGGAAAUACCUUCUUCUUUAAUGGAGUCUCCUCAGGAGAAGUUUUACCCAGACACAUCUUUUCAGGAAGAUGAAGAUUAUCGUGACUUUGAAUAUUCUGGACCACCACCAUCUGCCAUCAUGAACCUGGAGAAGAAGCCCGCAAAAUCUAUUUUGAAAGCAAGUAAGCUUUCUGAUGCUGCAGAGUACCAGCCAGUUCUGUCUAGUUACAGUCAAAGAACACAGGAGUUUAGUGUGAAGUCGUCUUUUCCUCAGUCUAUGAGGUCUAUUCUUGAUCAGAAUGAGAGCUGUGAUCCACUGUCGUCAUCUUCUGGAGUGUACGGAAGUUACGGCCUACGAGCAAAUGACUCUGGAUCUGAUGGUUCCCCUUCGCCUAGUAAGAAUGAUGUGUUUUUCACACCAGACUCCAAUCAUAAUAAUUUAUCAAAACCUGUGCUACAUUCUGGUCUGUCACAAAAACAGUAUCCAGAUUCUCCCCAUUCACUUCCUCACAGAUCAGUCUUUCCUCCUCAAAACUCUCUUUCAAAAAUCCUGCUGGUAGACCACCCACAUCCAGUGUGGAAAAAUCUUUAAGUUCUUCCAUUUCUGCUACUUCAACAAUUGAGUUUAAGAACAUGCUUAAAAAUGCAUCUCGCAAGCCUUCUGAGGAAAAGCAUUUUAGCCAGGUUUCUAAAGGUAGCUCACAUGAAGGGGUUAGCCUGUCUAGUCUCAGCCAGGCUGGAACCUCUACAGGAGACCAGCAGCAAGAGGAACACUAUCGUAUAGAAACUAGGGUGUCGUCAUCUUGUUUAGACUUGCCUGAUAGCACUGAAGAAAAAGGAGCCCCUAUAGAAACUCUGGGUUACCAUAAUGCAUCCAGUAGGGGAAUGUCAGGCGAACCCAUUCAGACAGUAGAAUCUAUAAGAGUUCUUGGGAAAGGAAAUAGAGGACAUGGGCGAGAGGCGACCAGAGUAGGCUGGUUUGAGCUGAGUAAUACAGGUAAUACUUUUGAUAAUGGGCCCUCGAGUGCUACAGAGCUGCCCACCAUGAGUACUGGCAGUGGAAUUGCCAGCUUUCAAA